CCCAGGGGUUUUUAAGUCAACUCCAUUUAAAAGUCGACGUGACGAUGCCGAUUUAAGAGGAGGGUUUUGUAAGCGGGCCGGCCGUGCCGCUAGCCCUGCCACCCGUGAACGAGCCGCGGUCCUAACUGUGCGGUGUCCCCUCCCGUCUGCAGGUGAGCGGUGGCCGCGCAGGGGCGUGUCCUCCCGCCGACGGAUGGAGGGAACCGGCGCCGGGGCUGCUGCGGCCCCGGACAGCAGCGCCGCCUCGGAGAGCAGCGCCGCGCCUGCGGGGAGCCCGCCGGCCUCGCCCUCCACAGACAGUCCCGGGAAGGUGCCGGGGAUCCUCUUCUCCUCCCUGCCAGUCCUGGACCUGAGUCAAAACGGACUUCAGCACCUGGGAGACGUCCUCAAAAUUCCCACCCUUAAACAACUGCACCUCCAGAGGAACGCCCUGCGUGCCAUCCCCCCGGACUUCUUCCAGCUGCUGCCGAGCCUCACCUGGCUGGACCUGCGGCACAACAGGAUCGAGGCGCUGCCCCCCGGGGUGGGCUCCCACAGGUGUUUGAAGACUUUGCUUCUAGAGAGGAAUCCCAUCAAGACGUUACCGGUGGAGCUGGGCAAUGUGAGGACGCUGCGGGCCCUGAACCUGAGGUGCUGCCCCGUGGAGUUCCCGCCCCAGCUCGUGGUGCAGAAGGGCCCGGCCGCCAUCCUGAGCUUCCUGCGCGCCUGCGCCACGGAGCCGGCGCCUCGAGCGACCCUGCCCCCUGAAAAGACGGCCCCAAGCCAGAGCCAGAGCCAGCCGCCGCAUCCUCGCUGGGACUCACCCAAAGAGCACCCACCCAACAUAGAGACCACAGACUCCCAGGAGCCUGAGGAGACCUGGCUCCCGGAAGCCCCGGAGCUGAGUGAGCCCCGGAGGUGCACCCGGUCCGGCGAAGACUGGCCGACGGAGGAGGAGCUCAGGCGCUUCUGGAAGCUGCGGCAGGAGAUCGUAGAGAAGGAGCAGGCGGAGGUCCUGGAAAACCAGCUCCUGGCGGUCGAGCUGCCCCCGAACCUGCGGGCCAUGCUGCGCGGCGGCCGGGAGGAAGCGCGCCCCAGCCCUAGGCAGGCCCUCAGAAGGACGGCGCCCUCCUUCCGGGGGGCCCUGCCCAGCCUGGCCUCGGCGUACCUGGCGGCGAGCUGGGCGGGGCAGCUGGAGGAGAGGCGGGCCUCAGCGCUGCGAGAGCUGCAGGAGAAGCAGGCGCUGAUGGAGCAGCGCAGGAGAGACCAGCGGGUCCUGCAGCAGUGGCGGGAGCAGGCCCAGGUGCUGAGGAGGAAGGAGGAGCUUGGCAGACUGCGGCCUCCCCGGCGGACGCUGGUGGCGUCCGAGGGGCCCUUCGCCACAGAUCUGCCGGACAAGGCGAGAGCGCUGGCGCACCCGCCGGGACAGAGGGUGCACGGCAAGGAGAGGCCCCUGCGCGGCGGCGACACGCUGAGAGCCGGCCACCAGGGGGCGCUGGAGGACAGGCUGAGACGGCACCUCUGGCAGGUGCGUGAGCGGCGGCCGGUGUUUGGAGGGACGGUGCCGCUGGGCGCCAUCAGGAAGGCCGCCGAGGACCCGGAAAUCGCCAGGAAGCUCCAGGACGAGGCGGUGAAGCAGAACCCGGGUCCGCCCUGAGCAGCCGCCGCGAAUGCCCGGCCCUCCCCGGGGACCUCCCGCCGCGCCCACCGGCCUCGCGGCCCGGACCGUAUUUUCUAACACGAAGUGUUAAGCACCUGAGACCGUUUACAGCUGCCGACGGCAGAGUCUCACGCGCGCCGACAGACGCGUCUCCGGCCCGGCAGCCGGGCCUGGCGCCGGCGGGCUCCCCUGGGCGUGCGGGGUCCCGGGGCCGUGGUCGCCCCGUCCCUGCGGCUCUCUGCGCUGGCAGCUGCUUGUUUGUGUUUUGUUUUCACCUGCGCUGCUUUCCGGAGGCCCCGAAGGUGUCAGCUGCCGUCGGCGGAGGAAGAGGACACUGCGAACCGGGCCCACCGUGCUCGUCUCUGGCGACCGGCCCUUGCGAACGUAGCCGGGACUGGGGUGUCCCUGACUCGGCUGUUCCCUCGAGCGGGGACCCACUCGCCGACUCCCGCCAGGCGACACAGCCUCGAGGGGCUGUGGGUGAGCUCGCCGUCCCCUCCAGCAGCACUCUCCCCUGCCCUCGCCCUUCCUGGGGCCGGACCCCCGCCCUGCGAGCUGUUGGUGGGACUUGGCCAGGGCCACCCCUGCCCCGGGGGCG